UCUUCCUUUGCAAUUUGGAUCCAGGUGAUCUCUCUAUGCCAAGACUCCUCUGCUGCCAACGACUAGCUUUCCCAAUUCCCAUCAGAGCUACUACUUCACCCAAACCUUUUCCGCACUUCUCCACCAAAUCUCUCAACUUUCCCGUAAACCCAACACCUCAUCUGGCCAUGGCUAAUCUCUCUGCACCCAAAGCAUCAAUCACCCAUGUCAUUUUCGAUAUGGACGGCCUCUUACUCGACACAGAGAAGUUCUAUACUGAAGUCCAGGAAAUUAUACUUGCUAGGUUCAAUAAAACCUUUGAUUGGAAUUUGAAAGCAAAGAUGAUGGGAAAGAAAGCAAUAGAAGCUGCUCGAGUCUUUGUUGAAGAGACCGGACUUAGUGACUCUCUUACACCUGAGGCCUUUCUAGUUGAAAGAGAAGCAAUGCUGCAGAAAUUGUUUCCAACAAGUGAGCUGAUGCCAGGAGCCAGCAAGUUGAUCAGACAUCUGCAUGCAAAAUCAAUACCCUUUUGCUUGGCAACAGGUUCUAAUAAGCGACAUUACAAAUUGAAAACACAAAGCCAUCGUGAACUUUUUUCAUUGAUGCAUCAUGUUGUCAACGGUGACGAUCCAGAAGUUAAACAAGGCAAACCCUCACCAGAUAUUUUCCUUGCAGCAUCCAAACGUUUUGAGGGUGGGCAGGUAGAUCCAAGUAAAUGUCUGGUAUUUGAAGAUGCACCCUCUGGAGUUCAUGCAGCUAAGAAUGCUGGAAUGUCUGUUGUAAUGGUUCCAGAUCCAAGGUUGGACAGCUCUUUUCAUGAUGCUGCAGACCAAGUUCUGGGGUCCUUGUUGGAUUUAAACCCAAGUGAGUGGGGUUUGCCUCCGUUUGACAAUCCAGCGAGCUAAACUGUGUUGUACUGAUGCUGCAGUUGGUAAACAAUGAGUUAUUCGAAUUUUUUGGACGUUUUAUCAUCCCAUUAUUCUAAAAUUGGUCAGACACUUGAAACUCUGACUUUCAUUUUUUCUUUUCUUUUCAAGUUCAUCAGUUGAUACAUUUGCUUAUUUGAUAGCUUUACAUAUUUGAGCUACUGUCAGAUGAUGCAUAACUAGACUUGCAUCAAUUGCACUGUAUAAAAAGAGUAUAUGCUGUAAUAAUGAUCUUGAAAACUGAUGAAAGUCCUGAUGAGAGAAGAUUAGAGGAAAACAAAAGCAGAGCUAUUGCU